AUGACUGGCAUGACUAGUGCAGUUCUUACUGAUGGCAAAGACAAGCCACAUGUUGUGCAUCCCAUAUGCAAAAUCAAACCCACUGCUGCCCUCCUUCAACACUUGGAGAAAGUGGCUCUUCCCUCCCAAACAAAAGCUAUCAAUGAUUUCUGUGCAGCUGAGGCCGCCAAGCAUGCUUCAGAGGUUUCUCAGCCUGCUGCACUCACACUGCCUGUACCAGCCACACAAUUAGCACCUCCCCCAUCCAACAAAUGUGUGCAUCCUGAUGAUGCCCUUGAUAAUGCCCUCGAUGAUGAUGAAUCUGGUGAUAUGGAGCAUGAGAAUGCUUGUGUCAACCCUAAGUGUGCUAGAAGGAAGCACAAAUCCCCAGAGAAGUCCCCAGAGUUAGUUGAUGAAGAUGGGGUUCUUGUUGAUGUUGAUGUCUCUAUUGCAGACCCAGGGUCAUCUCAGGAAGGCAAAACUGCUGACAUUGACAACUUCUUUGGUGCAGCAUUCAAACACACUGGUGCCAAUGGCAAAGUGAAGAAGCACAGAAAGUGCAAUAUUUGCUUGAAAAAAUGUAUUCUCAUCAAUGAAGCCACUACCCUUUGUCAUCAUGCUGAGGCACAUUUUGGCAGCAAGUAUUGGAAGUGGGCAAGUGAACAUUCAUUUGAGUCCAUGUUACCUGGUGACAUCAAGGCUUGCAAGGAGAAUGCUGUGCAGCAACAAAUCAAUGCUCAUCUCACUGAAUGCAAGCUUGAUGAAUGA